GACAUCAGGACCGUAAUUCUUGCACUGGGGAUCUCCAUCUUCAAACUUUGCCACCGCAAAGUCUGUUUUUCAACCCGGGAAGAAAGUAAAGUUCCCCCUUGCUCCUAGUUUCCGAGCUUUAUUUCAAGAUGAAGAGCUCGAGAACUUCCCUCAUCCCUCUGUGUUUGGGUUUGGUGGCUUUUAUGGGCUCCUGCACCUGUAAGCCUCUCAACAAUGACGUCCAAAGUCAGGAAACGGAGGAUUUCUACUCACAGUUGUCGGACGAUAUUCUGGAGGAGGAAAACGCAGAGUCAAGAAUGGAGAACCUCUUGGGAACCAUGAAGGAGGGUUUUCUCAGGCAACUCAAUCUGUCAGAUGUUCCGCAGGAGCAACACAAGAUCUCACCCCCUCAGUUCAUGGUGGAGCUAUACAACAAGUACGCCUCAGACAUGUCGACAGUCCCUCAGUCCGACGUUAUACGAAGCUUCACCGUUCAAGAUAUUACUCCGUCUGCGAGAAACAGCACAAAGCCAAAGCACAGGCUGCAGUUCAACGUCAGCAUUCCCAACCACGAAAAGAUCACCACUGCCGAACUACAGCUUUUCUUCUUCCCAGAUGAGAUGUCGGAGGUCGCCUCCCAAAGUUUUAAAGCGACCGCCAAGGUCUAUGAAGCCGAUGACGGCGAUAUCAUGUCAUCGACGCAACUACUGCUUGGCAAAGAGGUUUCAGGUUCGACGAACACAUGGGCGACAUUCGAUGUGACCACAGCGGUUCAGAGCUGGAUUAAACUGGGCCAAAAAGGGAUUGUCUUUGAUGUGGUGGUGGAUAAGAACGAUUGUGGUGCCUCUGAUAGAGGAGAUGAGGGAUCCAGCUGCUUAAAUAUGGGCACAUCUAUAGGAGACAAUACAUCUGCUGCUUUAAUAGUCUUCUCCGAUGACUUCGGGAGCAGGAGGAAGGAGGCAACUAUGGAGCUAAAAGAAAUGAUCCGUCAUGAAGAAGAAACCCUCCUCCACUCGGGGGCUGACUGGCAGAGAGGAUAUCAACUUCCAAAUGAAAUCCCUGACGCUCAGCACCCGCGGAGAACAAAAAGAAAAGUAGAAAGGGAAUACUGCCGCCGGACCUCGCUCAGAGUCGUCUUUAAAGACAUCGGAUGGGACAGCUGGAUCGUGGCGCCUCCCGAAUACGAUGCCUUCGAAUGUCGAGGCCUGUGUUACCACCCACUGACGGACGAAUCGACCCCAUCAAAGCACGCCCUCAUCCAGACUCUGAUGAACAUCCGGGACCCCAAGAGAGCCAACAUGGCUUGCUGCGUCCCCAUUAAACUGGACCCCAUCACAGUCAUGUAUCAGGAAAAUGGACGCCUCACUAUAAGAUACCUUUAUGAGGAGAUGAAGGUGGCCGAGUGUGGUUGCAGGUAGCAGGACAGGGUGGAGGUUUAAAAAGAAAAGAAAAAAAGGGUGAGGUUAUAUAACACCCUCAAAGCAAGGCUGCAAAAAUAAAAAAGAAAGAUGUUCAAGUAAAAAAAAAAGGAUUAAUAAGGAAACCUAGCAUUUAAAAAAAAAAUAUUCACCAUCAACAGUAAUUUUUUGUGACAUUAAUUUCAUAUAGUUGUUAUCAGUUCAGUGUAUGUUUGAGUAUGAGAUAGAGAGGGGGAAAAACAAGAGU